AAAUGUGGUCUGACACAAUAUUGAUAGUUUUCAUAUCCGUCUGCACAGCCUUUUUGGGCGAAGGGCUCACCUGGGUCUUGGUGUACCGCACCGAAAAAUAUCAAAAGCUGAAGACCGAAGUGGAAAAGCAGAGCAAGAAAUUGGAGCGCCGUAAGGAAAUCCAUGGCGACUCACUGGACAAGGCGGUGAAAAAGAAAAUCGAGCGCGACGAGGAGAAACUCAAGAACAAUAACAGGGACUUGUCGCUGGUGAAGAUGAAGUCGAUGUUUGCUACUGGCUUUGCUUUCACCGCUCUGCUGAGCAUGUUCAAUAGCAUAUUCGAUGGACGUGUUGUUGCCCAACUGCCCUUUACCCCGAUCUCCUGGAUCCAGGGCUUGAGCCAUCGCAAUCUGUCCGGCGAAGACUACACCGACUGCUCGUUCAUCUUCCUCUACAUUUUGUGCACCAUGUCCAUUCGCCAGAACAUACAGAAAAUGUUGGGCUUUGCCCCCUCGCGUGCCGCCAGCAAACAGGGCGGUGGUCUCUUUGGUGCGCCACCAGGACAGUUCAAAUAGUAAAAUGAAACUUUAAUCAUGUACAAUAAAUACAUUGUACUUUCAACAGACACUAA